GAUAAAAUUGAAAUUUAUGUAAAAUAAAAGUAGUUUAAAAUGUGAUUCAAACGGUUCCAAUUCCAAUUCCAAUCCGUGAAUCUCUUUUGCCUAAUUAUUUUUUCAUUGUGAAAUUUAUUACUUUGAAUUAUCAUACAAAAAUUAUAGUAAAUUAUUAUUGUAUUUUUGGAGUUUAUUAUAAAAUUUACAAAUUUUCAAAAAAACAGAGUGAAAUAAUGACAAAUAAAUCCUGGAAUGUAUUGGUGACGGGAGGUGCUGGGUACAUUGGUUCACAUACAGUAUUGGAAUUAUUAGAAGCAGAUUUUGAGGUGGUGGUAAUAGACAACCUUAGUAAUGCUUAUAAAGGAAAUGAUGAUAUAAAACCAGAAUGUUUAUUACGAGUAGAAAAAUUAACAAAUAGAAAAAUUAUAUUUGUUCAAUGUGAUGUAACAAAUUUGGAUGAAUUACAAAAAGUAUUUGAAAAGUACAAGUUUCAUUCUGUUAUACAUUUUGCUGCUUUAAAAGCUGUAGGUGAAUCUUGUGAAAAACCCUUAGAAUAUUAUAAAACAAAUGUUUGUGGAACGUUGAAUUUAUUAAAAGUUAUGAGAGAAUUCAAUGUGAAAUGUUUUAUUUAUUCAAGUAGUGCCACAGUUUAUGGCAUUCCAGAAAAACUACCAUUAGUUGAAGAUAUGAAAACUGGUGAUUGUACUAAUCCUUAUGGAAAAACAAAAUAUAUGGUUGAAGAAAUUUUGAAAGAUCUUUGCAUUUCAGAUAAGACCUGGUCUGUUAUAUCUUUGAGAUAUUUUAAUCCAGUUGGAGCUCAUUCUUCUGGAUUAAUUGGAGAAGAUCCUAAUGGAAUACCAAAUAAUUUAAUGCCAUAUAUUGCUCAAGUAUCUGUAGGAAAAAGAGAAAUUUUAUAUGUUUAUGGGAAUGAUUAUGAUACUCCUGAUGGAACAGGCAUACGAGAUUAUAUUCACAUUACGGAUUUAGCUAUGGGCCAUGUAAAAGCAAUGAUUUAUCAAAAAAUUCGUAAUUUUACAGGAUUUAAAGUGUUUAAUUUAGGUACUGGAAAAGGAUAUUCAGUAUUAGAAGUUAUACAAGCAUUUGAAAAAGCAUCAGGACAAAAUAUACCAUAUAAGAUAAUCGAACGUAGACCAGGUGAUAUCUCUGUAAGUUAUGCAGAUGCUAGUUUAGCUAAUAAAGAACUAGGUUGGCAAGCUACUAAAAAUAUAGACAAUAUGUGUUUAGAUACAUGGAGAUGGCAACAAAAUAAUCCAAAUGGAUAUAAAUCUUCAUAAUAAAUAUUGAAAUAUUUCUUAUAAAAAAAUGUAAAAUAUUUUAAGCAGAACAUUUUAUUUAUAUAUUCAAUUAUUUUAAACAUAAAGCCAUGGUGGUGUCUGGUUACCAAAGUUUAAACCAAAGCCCAAACUAAAUACUUAUUUUAUAUUUAAAAUUAAUUAUAAAUAUGUUUAUUUUAAAAAAA